AUGAUGAAGGAUCAUCUGCCCUCCCGCCUGCUCGCCCCCGUGGUGGCCGUUACCGCUGUCGGCCUCACCACUUACCUCUAUCUUCGCCCAGCCCUCAUCCGUGACCCGUCCGCGACGAAGCCUCCCGCGCCGGCCCGGUCGCCGAGAUGGACCGUUCUCCCAUCCCUCUCAGCCCUGCAGCGAGAUGAGCUGCCGUACCCACCAGAUCUGCUCCCCGGCGGCCGCGACGUCGAAACGCCCUACGGCUCACUGCGCGUGUACGAAUGGGGCCCUGACGCGGGCGAGAAGGUGCUCCUCCUCCACGGCAUCGGGACGCCGUGCAUCGCGCUCGGCGAGAUGGCGCGGGCGCUCGCCGACGCCGGUCACCGCGUCAUGCUCUUUGAUUUUUUCGGGCGUGGCUACUCCGAUAGCCCGACCGAUGUGCCGCACGACGCGCGUCUCUACAACACGAAGCUACACCUCGCCCUCGCCUCGUCGCCGCUGCCCUGGUCGGGCGCCGACGCCUUCCACCUUGUCGGCUACUCACUCGGUGGCGCCAUCGCCGCCUCUUUCGCACGCCACGUGCCGCACGCCCUGCGCUCGCUCGUCCUCGUCGCCCCCGCUGGCCUCGUCCGCCCGCGCCACGUCUCCCGCACCAGCCGCCUGCUGUACUCGACCGGCCUGCUCCCCGAGCCGCUGCUGCGCUGGCUCGUGCGCCGCCGCCUGGAGCCGCCGGCCCCCGUCGACCCCGAGGCCGUCCUCGACGAUGACGUUGCUGGCGAGAGCGACGCCACGGGCGGGGCGACGUUUGACAAUGCGCUGCUCGACCCUGCGCGGCCCGAGCUGACGGUCGCACGGGUCAUACGGUGGCAGCUCGCGGUGCAUCCGGGGUUCGGGCCGGCGUAUCGGAGCACCAUCCGGUGGGCGCCCAUCUACGGCCAGGACCAUGGGGAGUGGGCGCCCCUGAGGGGCAUCCUGGAGGAGCGGCGCGCGGGGCGGGAGAAGAACGGGCUCAAGGGGGGCAGGGUGUGCUUUGUGGUGGGCGAGACGGACCCUGUCAUCGUGGCCGGUGAGCUCGAGCAGGAUGCGAGGCUGGUGCUGGGAGAGGAUGCGGUUGAUAUGAGGGUCGUCAAGGGGGCUGGGCAUGAGGUUGGCAUCACGGGGGGCAGAGAGGUCGCGGGCAUUGUCAUGAGGUAUUGGCAGUCCAUACAGGCUGCGCAGUCAUGUUCAUGA